AUGCUCGCGGCGCAUCGUGACCAGGAGAAUCUGGUGCACACCACCCAGGUUCCUACCAAGCAGCAGCCAAAGACGCCUGGCGCCAGAUAUCCAAAGACGCCUCUUGGGUUCCGCAACAAUGACGAGAAUGCACCAACCGCCUUUGCGGGCAAGACUGGGAUGGGAGGGGGAGCGGGGACGACCAUCAGGGCCGGAGGAAACGAGAAGCUGAUGGCAAAGGGUACUGGCAAAGGACCGGCAAUGGUGACGCCCAUGGAGACGCGCCCCAGGGCCCCCUUGGGAAACAAGACGACCAACGUCAAGGCUAGGGCCGAUCGAAGCGCCGGUGCCAAGGAAGUCGAGAAGACGCAGACGAAGCAGGUCACUGUCCAGAAGCCAAAGCAGAAGCCCGCCGAGCUCGUGCCAGCCAAGCUCUCGAUUCUUCCUGACGGCGAAAGCCCUUGUGACGAUGGGGAGGAGCCGGAGUAUGCCCCCCCUCUGCCCACUCCGCUACCCUACGAGUCCGACGUGCUCCCAAAGGGCGGCUUGACUUUUGAGGGCCUCGGCAAGAACUUUCUCAAAGGGUUCUACCAACAUUUCCACAACCCCGUCGACGACAACGGGGUAUCACGCGAGGAGGCCAAGUUUCGAGCAGAGAUGCAAGCAGUGUUGAAGCAGGCUGAGGAGCGCAACGAACGCGAGACUGCGGGCCUGGACUGGAACAUUGAGGAUCUUGUCGAGACGGAAUCGUCGACGCGUCGGAAGCCUGAGCCGGACAGGGAAUCGGUGCCUUCUCGGAGCAGGUUGAUCAAGAGAGCCCCUCAGAAGAAUCCUCCCACCCUCGCGUCAAGGAGAGCGGCAUCGGCAUUGGCCAUUCCGACCGACAGCAAAAGGCCGGUCAUGGCCGCCGGGCCACCAUCGAGGAGCGUUUCAACUAGGAGACCGCUCUCGGCGUUGAUUGCCGGAAGCAAAGCGAGGAAGCAGCCUCCCGUGCCUCAGCCCGCGCUCCUGGGCAACUCGGCUGGAGAAGUAGCGUCGAGGACGACGAUUGGUUACAACAAGGGCCGGACGGCUUCCUCCAUGAUUCAAUCACAAGGUGGCAGCCAGGCCAGCCGACUCGGGCAGGCGGCAAAGCCCAGCGGCACACAGGAUGCGGACCUCGAGCUCACCGUGACGCCGGCUCGCAUGCGCCAGGCUACAUCGGACACGCAGUCGACUGCGGAAGCGCUGCCCCAGCCCCAGUUCCUGUCGAUUUUCGGUGACGUCGACGACGAGGACCUGCCCAGCCAAGCGACUCCGUUCUUGGGCUCGGACGACGAAGACGACGAAUUUGAGCUCAUGCUGACGAUCUGA